UUAUAAAAGGAACCUCAAAGAGAAAAGAACACACAGUGACGAGCAGCUGCUUGUGUUUGGUAACUUAAGAAGUGUGUUAAUCAGAGUGAACAUGGAUGUGUUUCUAGUCCUUCUCCUGCUUUCAGGUUUCUGUGUCCCCACUGCUUCCUUUCCAAACAUCUAUUACUUUGUGAAUGAGAAUAUGACUUGGGCUGAGGCCAAUGGUUACUGCAUCAAGGAGUACCUUGGACUUGCCCAAAUUACUUAUCCAGAGAACAACACUGCUCUGGUGAACGCUCCAGCCGGGGAAUACACAGGCAAAGCCUGGAUAGGACUUCAUAUAGGCGGUAUAGGUUGGGCCUGGCUGGAUGGACGACCACCCACAUAUUAUAGAUGGAGCCCUGGCCAGCCACUCUACACUGGCCCUGGAUAUUGUAUGUCCACAGAUUACAAAGGGUGGUAUAGUGUGAGAUGUACAGAAACGCUUGGCUUCAUUUGUUUUGACGGCAGCAAUUACAUUACUUAUAGGACAUAUGUGACUUGGAAUGAUGCCAAAACCAGCUGUGAAAACAAAAAUUCAGCUCUGGCACAAAUCCUUGAUGUGGAAACAUUUGAUAAAGUAUGA